CGGAAAUGAUGCAAGUGUGCUCUUCGCAGUCUGUUUCUAAUGAGUGUACAUCCAGCAUUGAGCAACUGAAUGAGUCUAAAAGUGAUACGACCUCGUUGAGUUCGAGUGCGGAUAACCAGGCAUCCCCUGAAUCUCAAAAUGCGUACGAAACAAUCAAGCAAGCUCAAUCUGUGAUCAGCUGUCUUACGGAGCGGUGUGAUGAGCUGGAGCGAAUGAAUGAUAGUAUACCGAUGCUUCAGAAGGAAAUACGUAGCCAAAUUGACCAGAGUAUGCAAAUGAUUCAAAGAGCUUUAACGGAACGACGCGAAUUUCUCCUCGGUGAACUCGAUGCUGUGCUGAGCUCUCGCAACGAGACCAUUACAAAGAUGCGCACUGAAUUCGAAACUCGCCUUCAGCGGCUCUCGUCCCAUGUUGAUCUUUUGAAGCGGCUUGCGCAGAUGUCUCCCAGCAGCACGUCAAGUCAGAGUACACCACAAGGAAGCUCAAACCACCCAACCAGAAACAUUGCUUUGUUAAAGCACAAACAAGAGAUCGAAAAAAUUCUACUACUACCAGUCCCACUUCACCCUUCGGAGUACGACACUAUGUCAUUUUUCCCAACGGAAUUAGAUCAGCUAUUGAGCAUGGUUCGCUGUGUUGGUGUUAUCGGUUUAACGAGCAUCGAUGCGGGAAAAACGACUUUGGCGAAAGAUCCGGAUGAGGAGUUCUCUCCGAUUCGCAGAUGUCUAUUGAACGAAGAGGUGCGAAUAGACAUUAUUCCUAGGGACAGCAUGGGGCGAUGUAUAAUGAAUCCAACAGCAAAGGAGUUUACAGCCACUCUUCAUUCAAGGAAUGAUUAUAUUACUGAAGUGAAAAUUUCUGAUAUAAAUGAUACAGAACGGACUGGAAAUGCUCUGCCAAAUCACCCCUCAAGAGAACAGUUGACUAACAUCCCAGCAGCACUGCAAGUCACUUAUCGAAUUGCCACACCCGGUGCCUACGACUUAGGUAUCAAAUUAUAUGGUGAGCACAUACAGGGUUCACCGUAUAUGAUUUACGCCAGGGCUCCGUGUACCCCAGAUGUGCGCUCUUGGCUGGAAACCAUUCGAGAAAUAAGUGAAGCACCUCGACGGCGGCACACCGUUUUGGUUUCGAGACGUCGAUGUAAAUCAGCACCUAGCUGUUCUGUCGCAGGUGAUAAAUUGAAAGCCCUUGCAGACAUCAAUGUAAUUGGCCGAGGGGAUUAUCUGUUUUCAAUUGGAACGAAAGGCCGUGGUGAGGGUGAAUUUGCGAAUCCAACCGGAAUAUGUGUGACGAGGGAACACAAAGUUUUAGUUGCUGAUAGCAAUAAUGCAUCCAUUCAGAUCUUCACUACGCAAGCUCAAUUCCUGUUUCGAAUAGGAGAAUAUGGCUACCAUCCAGGACAGCUUAUGCGACCGAUGGAUGUUGCUGAAACCAUCAAUGGUAACUACCUAGUUUCUGACUUUGAGCUGCACUGUGUGACAGUGUACAGCCCCACUGGAUCAUACAUCUCACGUUUCGGGCAGCGAUACCUCUCCGGCCCCAAAGGAAUCAUUGCGGAUCGGAAUGGACGAAUUUUAGUUGUAGAUCAAAAGUCGUGCAUGUUAUGUAUAUUCAAACCGACCGGAAAGUUCAUUAAUCGUUUCGGCGCGCGUGGGAGCGGAGAUAACCAGUUCACCAAUCCUUUCUCGGUGGCAGUGAAUUCACAAGAUGAAAUUUACGUGUCAGACUAUGCACAACACGCGAUCAAGGUGUUCGACCAAAAUGGUUUAUAUCUGUUUCGAUUUGGGGAACAUGGAAUAGAACCGGGAAUGUUGCAUGCACCUACUGGCCUGGCAUUUGACAAACAGGACAAUUUGUUUGUAAGCGACUGGGGAAACAACCGAGUACAGGUUUUUGAUGCCCUCGGAAAUUUUCAACGUGUUAUUAGCAGUGCAUUCGAACCAUUCAAUGGACCACAGGGUUUGACGUUUCAUACGCCUACGCAAAGACUCUUCGUGACCGAUCCGGGUAACUACUGCGUCAAAGUAUUCCAGCCUCAACUGAGUGAUAAGAGCAAAAAACCCGAAGAAAAAGCUAUGGAGAACGUAAACGAACAGUGUGGACUGAGUUCAGAAAACCUGUCACUGGCUCAAUGACCGCCUGCUUAAUCCUGCCCAGUGCAUUUUUACCCCAGUUUCACGGCAGUAAGGACAGAAUUUGUCGCAUUUCCGACCACUUUCCAUGUAUAAAAGGACCAUAUGAUCGCUUUAUUUUGUUUCUCUUGAAUAACAAAAGCAUAGAUAUCCCGGUCAGUGUCCUACGCUUCCAGCCGAAUAAUCUUCCGAAUUCCGAGAUAUUUCUGUACAGAUGAUGUCACCAGAGCAUAUGUGGUUCUCCUCCGACAAACAUUAUGUUCAUUAAAUUUUGUUUAAUUUGACGUCGUGUCUUGCAUUGUACAUACUCAGGUUCUACUCUCCCCUUUUGUCAAUAUGGUGCCCAAAUUCACCAGUCAAUAGACUGGUACCUUUCGUUUGGA